UUUGCAAAAAUGGACCUCACGACCAUGACCUUAUCACCCCCCGUCUUACCAGCUUCUCUGACGUUGGGGAAAACCUUGAGGAAUUGUUCCGUAUGAACAAGAUUUGGGCUGAAACCAUCACGGCUCAGCAUCCUGACUUCUUUGCCGAACGUGCCAAAACGCAAAAUCCCCACAUUGUUUGGAUUGGUUGUUCGGAUUCCCGUGUUCCUGCUGAGACAAUUGUUCAGUUGGGACCUGGUGAGAUCUUUGUUCAUAGGAAUAUUGCCAACCAGUUUAAUCACACCGACUUGAAUUCUUUGUCGGUGCUGCAAUACGCUAUCGAACAUUUGCAGGUCGAACAUGUCAUUGUUUGCGGGCAUUAUGGUUGUGGUGGUGUGGCCGCCUCGAUGAAAAACAAACAACAUGGUCUCGUUGACAAUUGGCUUUGCAACCUCAAAGACAUCUACUGGAAAAACAAAAAAUUAUUUAAUGAACUUUCCGAAGAAGAACGUAUCAAUUUGUUGGUGAGGCUAAACGUCAAACAACAGGUUUACAACGUUACUGCCACCAGCAUUGUCCAACGUGCGUGGGCAAAUGGUAAUCAAGUCAAAGUUCAUGGAUGGGUGUACGACCUAAGUACAGGCCUCUUGGAAGAUCUCAAAGUAGAUAUUGAAAAUGAAACAGAACUGUGCGAUCAAAUUUAUAAAGUUAUAGAUUAA